AUGAAUCACUUAUCGUGUGAAGUAACUGGUGAUCGCAAUCAGUUAAAAUGGAAUGGUAUUCUAUCAGAUUUACAGCAAUUCACCGAGCAAGAACUAAAACUUGAGGGUGAUUGGAGUGAAGUUAAAAGUAAUUGCGGCUUUUAUAUGUUUCGAUGCUCAGAAGUAACCAUCAGCUUUUAUCCAAGCACAAAAACGCUUAAAAUACAAGGUCCAAAGCAGCUUCAGUAUCGCACGCAGCUUUUAAAGAAGUGUUCGGAAGCAAAAGAUGAAAAUCUAUGCGACACACCCAACCUACAACGAAGCUUCGAUGCCACGUUAUCGCAAGAAUGUGAAUCAACACCACACUGCGAACUGCCUUGUUCCCAAGAAACAAAAAAAAUAUGGUCUGCAAUUCAAUUACUGGAGAAACGACUUGAAAAUUUUAACAACGAUUCCCUGGGGACAUCGCCCAAAGUUCCAUGUCAAAGCUGUGCUAUUAAUCUAACAGAGAAGGAAGAACUAGUUGAACGAUGUUUAAAGUAUGAGCGAAGGAUUAAAGAACUUGAGAACGAAAACAGUAGUCUAAUGACGGUACUGAAAAUGGUCGGCGAAGAAGAGAAAUCUCGGUCUGCGAAUUCAACGGCAAGACCAGAGCAUAGUCCGGACAAUGCCAAAGAUAUGGCGUGGAAUGAUGUUGUUAGGUCUAACGGUAAGAAUAAUGACGAGACAAGUAAUCCCAAGAGCAAAACAGAUAAAGCAAAAUCGGCGAACGGUAAGGUUAGUUCAAGUUCAAUUAAUGUUGAUAACCAAGUUCAAGCUGAACAGAAACCGUGGAAUGUAAUUCUUGGUGAUUCUAUGAUAAAAAAUAUAGAAGGAUGGAAACUGUCUAAAGAGAAAAAAGUGACAUCUAGAUCAUUUCCAGGUUCAACUAUCGACGAUAUGUCGGAUUUUAGUAAACCUUUUCUUAGACAAAAGCCUGAAAAUCUUAUUUUACAUAUAGGUACUAAUGAUAUGAGUGGUGAAUCAAGCGAUAAUGUUGCUACCAAAAUUGUUCGCUUGUCCAAAAAUAUAAAUAAGCAAUCUCCAACUACUAAAUUAGCAAUAUCAGGGAUCAUAUUUCGAACUGACAAUGAGAACUUAAAUACUAAUAUAAAGCAGGUUAACGAAUUACUCAAGUCAGCCUGCAGAAAUAAUGGAUGGAAAUUCAUAUCAAAUCAUAAUAUUAGAAAGGACUCGUUAAAUCGCAGCGGACUACAUCUUAAUCGUAAAGGUGUAGCUUUGUUAGCAAGUAAUUUUAAGUUAGCUCUUAAUAGUUUUUGA